CUGUCAACCAAACCUACUUGUCUUCCAAGUCUUGUGUGCACGCUACUUACCCACCUAUCUACCGUGCCUACCUACCUGCUUGCGGAUUGGGAGACGACGUCUUCGGCCUCUUCUAGGUAGCUCUUUGCCUGUGCAGCCUUGCACGCACACGCACACGCACACGCACACGCACGCAUACCUACCUACUCUCACACGGACACGAACCCUCUCUCUCGAGAUCGGACCGCACCGGCUAUCCAACGCAGAAAGAGCAAGUAAACAACCUAGCAAACAACCAGCCAUGGCCUCCGCCACUGGUGUCCCAGACGUGCAUCCCGAAGCGCUCGGGCGCGGCGAGGACGAGCCGCUGCUCGGCAGGGCCGGCGACGCGUCGCAGCAGGAUGGCAGCGCGCUGCAGUGGAAUCUGGUGCUGGGCACGGCAGUGAUUGCGCAGGCGGGCAUCUGGAUCCUCGUCGGCAUAGUCUGGGGCAGCGUGCUCUCCAAGCCAGUGAUUCUGUUCUCGGCGCACCCGCUGCUCAACUCGGCCGGCCUCCUGCUGCUCACGCAAGGCGCGCUAAUCCUGCAGCCCACACACACAGCGUCCCAAAAGCGCUCAGGCACACUAACGCACUUCAUCGUCAACGACCUGGGCCUCCUGCUGCUGCUCGGCGGCCUUAUCGUCAUUGAAACCAACAAACAGCUUAACUCGCUGCCGCACCUCGAGUCCGCGCACGCGAUCCUCGGGCUGCUCACGUACGCGCUGUUAGCGGUGCAGGCGCUCGUCGGCUUCACGCAGUACUUUACGCCGCAGCUAUACGGCGGCGUCGACCGCGCUAAGCGCGUCUGGAAGUACCACCGCGCGAGCGGGUAUCUGGUUUUCGUGCUUGCGCUCGCGACGGUCGCGUCCGCCACCCAGACGACGUUUAAUAGGAAGGUCUUGGGCAUCCAGCUGUGGGCUGUGCUUGUCGCCGCGGCAAUUACGCUCGCGGGCGUCUUGCCGAGGGUUAAGAAGCAGAAGCUGGGACUGGCGUGAGGGGGUAGGGCUGUGUCGCCGGCCUGGGGCUUGUGUCGUGCUGGUGGUGGUGUGCUUGCGGUGCUGGGGUUGCGGGUGCAGCUGUGAGAUUGGUCUUGAAUUAAUGGAGCAGGGGCUAGUAGGUGGGUAGGUCUAGUAUUGGAAUCGUAUCUUGAACGGUUUUGUUUGGUUCAACAUCCUAAUUGGGGCAGCAAAUACCUAGGUAGUCAGGGCGGCGUCUGAAGUCUCGGACGCGUUAGUAUACUCUAUGCAAUAUGACAUAGCAAUCAGUGAACGGAACCAAACGCUUCACUUCCACACGGU